AUGGUACGUGGUAGAGAUUUAUCUACAGAGCUCCUCCUGAAGUCUCAGUUAGAGUAUGCUCGUGGUAACCAUCACAAGGCUAUAAAACUAUUGGAUACAAUUAGUAACAGAACAGAACCAGUAAUGCUCAGUAUGUAUAACAACAAUAUUGGGUGCAUACUUCACCAGCAAAGGUCCCACCACACAUCAAACUGGUUCUUUAACAAGGCACUGAGACACAGCUUGUUGCUUCGAUCAGAGAAGCCUCUGAAGCUUGCUGUUUUUUCACAGGACAGAUUUUGUCUCAUUGUGCACAACUGUGGGCUUCAGCAUUUAGUAUGUGGAAAGCCAUUGGCUGCAGCUCGCUUUUUUCGUCAAGUCAUUCCAGUCUUUGGCAACCGACCACUUUUCUGGCUUCGUUUUGCUGAAUGCUGUCUGCUAUUAUCAGAGAAGGGGUUGCUAGGUGGUUCUUCAAGUGGCGAAGAGAUUAAAGUUCAUGUUGCUGGUUCAGGCAAAUGGCAGCAACUAGUUGUCAACAAUGUGAACUCGAGAUCUACCGAUUCAGAUUCUAUAGCAGGAGAUGCUGUGACCAGUGGUGAUGAUCAGAUCUUGAUCUCACUUCCAUUUGCUCGGCAGUGUCUUCUCAAUGCUCAGCUUUUAUUGGAUACUUUGGAUCGGAAAAUGACAAAACUUGAUGCCACAGACUUUGCAUUGGAAGCGGCCGAUCCUAACCAGAAGCUGAGCAGUGACUCGAAAGCAUCAAAUUCAACAUCAGCGUCUACAACAGUCGGUGCAAGUUGUGAUCCUCAAGAAACAAAUGGUGGUACAGGUGCAAAUACUACCUUACAGAUUUUAGUUGCUGGAUAUGAAGUCAUGGGCAGAAAAGAGAACCAGAGAAUAAGGCAAGCUGUUUUAGGCGACCUAGCGUACGUGGCAUUGUGCUUAGAAGAUCCCUUGAAGGCAUUGGUUGCUGCGAGGUCCCUUCAGCAGCUGCCAGAUUGUUCCAAAAUGUAUCUCUUUCUUAGCUAUGUAUAUGCUGCUGAAUCACUCUGUCGCCUGAACCAACCUAUAGAAGCUGCAGAGCAGUUGUCAGUCUUUGUCACAGAUGGAAGAAACGUCGAGUUGCCAUACACUAAUGAAGACACACAGAAAUGGAGUGAUGAGAAUGGUGCUGAUUGUGGGGAGUUGAAUGGUUCUGCAACCGCCAAAACAGCUGUGGAAGGGACCAAAAAAACCAUGGAAGAGUCUCAAGAUAUGGGUUUCCUGAAGCCGGAAAAGGCUCGUGGGGUACUUUAUGUAAACCUUGCUGCCAUCUCUGCGAUGCAAGGGGUUCUUGAGCAGGCCAGCCACUUCGUAAAGCAAGGUCUCUCUUCUCUGCCCAACAAUCCAAGAGUAUUGCUUGCAGCAGCAUAUGUGGAUCUUCUACAAGGGAAAGCACAAGAGGCUCUCGUGAAGUUGAGAAAGUGUAGGAGGAUAAGAUACCUCUCUACUAACGUGACAAUUAGCAGCUGA